AUGCUGUUCAACAGAUCAAGCAGUAGCAGAUGGCUGGCUCCAUUAGCGGUUAUUCUCUAUGCCCUGUUUGUGGUGGUUUUGCCGUUACAGGGAUCUGGUAAAUCGUCACGAGUAUUGGCGAGAGCAGACGAUGUUGAGAGUUAUGGGACAGUGAUCGGUAUCGAUUUGGGUACUACUUAUUCAUGUGUUGCUUUGAUGAGAAACGGAAAGACCGAAAUCUUGGCCAAUGAACAAGGAAACCGUAUUACACCUUCGUACGUGGCUUUCACGGACGAUGAGAGAUUGAUUGGUGAUGCAGCAAAGAAUCAGGUUGCUAGUAAUCCCAGAAAUACGGUUUUCGACAUCAAAAGGUUGAUCGGUUUGAAAUACGAUGAUAAAUCGGUUCAAAGGGACAUCAAACAUUUGCCAUUUGAAGUGGUUAACAACAAUGGAAAACCGGCCGUGCAGGUGACAGUAAAGGGGGAGAAGAAAGUUUUCACUCCUGAGGAGAUCUCUGGUAUGAUCUUGGGUAAGAUGAAGCAAAUCGCUGAGGAUUACUUGGGUAAGAAGGUUACCCAUGCGGUGGUUACCGUUCCUGCUUACUUCAACGAUGCUCAGAGACAAGCUACCAAGGAUGCCGGUACCAUUGCCGGUUUGAACGUGUUGAGAAUUGUCAACGAGCCAACUGCGGCAGCUAUUGCUUACGGGUUGGAUAAGUCGAAGGAGGAACAUCAGAUUAUCGUUUACGAUUUGGGCGGUGGUACUUUUGAUGUUUCGUUGCUGUCGAUUGAAAACGGUGUCUUUGAAGUGCAGGCCACCGCAGGUGACACUCAUUUGGGUGGUGAAGAUUUUGAUUACAAGAUCGUUCGUCAAUUGAUCAAGGCAUUCAAGAAGAAGCAUGGUAUCGAUGUCUCUGAUAACAACAAGGCGUUGGCUAAAUUGAAGAGGGAAGCCGAGAAGGCUAAACGUGCGUUGUCGAGCCAAAUGUCCACUCGUAUUGAAAUCGAUUCUUUUGUCGAUGGUAUCGAUUUGAGCGAAACAUUGACUAGAGCUAAAUUUGAAGAACUGAACUUGGACUUGUUUAAGAAGACUUUGAAGCCAGUUGAAAAGGUCUUGGAGGAUGCUGGGUUAGAGAAGAAGGAUAUCGACGAUAUCGUUCUUGUCGGUGGUUCGACUAGAAUUCCAAAGGUCCAACAACUAUUGGAAUCUUACUUUGACGGUAAGAAGGCUUCUAAGGGUAUUAACCCUGAUGAAGCGGUUGCCUUCGGUGCCGCUGUUCAAGCAGGUGUUUUGUCUGGUGAAGACGGUGUCGAAGACAUUGUUCUGCUCGAUGUCAACGCCCUGACUUUGGGUAUCGAGACCACCGGUGGUGUUAUGACUUCCUUGAUUAAGAGAAACACUGCCAUCCCAACGAAGAAGUCUCAAAUUUUCUCCACUGCGGUUGACAACCAACCAACCGUCAUGAUCAAGGUCUACGAAGGUGAAAGAGCUAUGGUUAGAGACAACAACUUGUUGGGUAACUUUGAACUGACUGGUAUCCCACCAGCUCCAAGAGGUGUCCCUCAAAUUGAGGUCACAUUCGCCCUGGAUGCCAACGGUAUUCUAAAGGUGUCCGCCACUGACAAGGGCACUGGUAAGUCCGAAUCUAUUACGAUCACAAACGACAAGGGUAGAUUGUCUCAGGAUGAGAUCGAUAGAAUGGUUGAAGAAGCAGAGAAGUUUGCCUCCGAAGACGCGGCUAUCAAGAAGAAGAUAGAAGCAAGAAACAAGCUAGAAAACUAUGCUCACUCCAUCAAGAACCAAGUCAACGGUGAUUUGGGCGAGAAAUUAGAGGAGGAAGAUAAGGAGACAUUGUUAGAGGCCGCCAAUGAUACUUUGGAAUGGUUAGAAGACAAUUUCGAGAGCGCCGUCAGCGAAGACUUCGAAGAGAAAUUCGAAUCUCUGUCGAAGGUUGCCUACCCAAUUACUUCGAAGCUAUAUGGCGCUGCCGACGGUGGCCCUGCUGGUGCUUAUGAGGACGAAGAUGAGGACGAAGACGGUGAUUACUUCGAGCAUGACGAAUUGUAA